CGUCACUUUGGGAUCGGCUGCGAGCUGUUGAGCAACGCAGACAAUCAGCGGAGUUUCGGGUUUGUUACGUUUGCAUCUAGCAGUAACUGAGGUGAGGACCUUCGAGCUAGAGAAAGUAGCCUUGCCUGUUGUCAGGUUUAGGCUGCGGGAUUAAAGAGCUCUCCAGUCUCAACGCUUUCGUCGAAACUGCCUGUGGGGAUUCAUGCUGGAUUGGUUAGCUAAAUGCGGUACGAAGCUAAAAUGAUGCCGAUGUUCUUGACUGUAUACCUCAGCAACAAUGACCAACAUUUUUCUGAGGUUCCCGUUACCAAGGAGACACUGUGCCGAGAUGUGGUGGAUAUGUGCAAGGAGCCUGGGGAAACAGAUUGCCACUUAUCCGAGAUGUGGCGCGGAUCUGAGAGACCUGUAGGUGAUGGUGAGCGGAUGUGGGAUGUGCUCAAAAGAUGGGAGCCGCACAGAGGGGAGGUGCGCUUCUUUCUGCGCCACAACCGCGCACCUGGCAGAGAAUCUGGAGGGUCAAGAGGCCUGGAUUCAAAGAGAAAUGGAGUGAGAGCUCCCCCUGAACGAAGGAUGGAGAACGGGGUGGCGACUCCUCGGAUGGACAUGACGUUAGCCGAGCUACAGGAGAUGGCCGCCAGGCAGCAGCAACAGAUUGAAGCUCAACAACAGCUGCUCGCUUCCAAGGAGCAGCGGCUGCGUUACUUAAAGCAGCAGGAGCAGCGUCAGCAGCAGCAGGCGUCUGAGCAAGAGAAGCUCCAGCGUCUCCGAGAAAACAUCGAGAACCAGGAAGUGCGACUCAAGAAGGUCAGGGCUCUCAAGGGCCAGGUGGAGCAGAAACGUGUCAGCAAUGGCAAAUUAGUGGAAGAAAUCGAGCAAAUGAAUAACCUUUUCCAGCAGAAGCAGAGAGAACUAGUGAUGGCCGCAUCCAAGGUGGAGGAGCUCAGCCGGCAGCUAGAAACGCUUAAAAACGGCAAAAAAGACAACAUGCAUGACAAUCAAAGCUCGGUGGCAGAGCUGGACCGCCUCUACAAGGAGCUUCAGCUGAGAAACAAGCUCAAUCAAGAUCAGAACUCAAAGCUGCAGCAGCAGAGGGAGAAUCUAAAUAAGCGCAACAUGGAAGUGGCGGCCAUGGACAAACGGAUCAGUGAGCUCAGAGACCGGCUGUGGAAGAAGAAAGCGGCUCUUCAGCAGAAGGAGAACUUGCCUAAUGGCUAUCCUGCUAAAGAGAGGGCUUCAAAAGACGCUCACCGUCAGCUGCCCUCUGAUGGCCAAGCCGGGCUGCAGUCCGGACCGUCUCGUGUGGCAGCAGUUGGCCCUUACAUCCAGUCAUCCACCUUGCCCCGAGGUCCAUCGAGGCACGAGCUGCUUGUAAAACCAGGCUACCCAGACGGCACCGCCACUCUGCCAGGCAGCGACUCCCAGAGCAAGGCUAGUUCAGGUCUGCAGCCUGGAAAGCCGGCAGACUGGAACUCCUCAGGUCAAGGUCCAAAGGUCAAUGGACCCGGCCCAGCUUCAACACUGCCACGGAUGACCUCUUACUCCAACUCUAACACAGAACAAGAUGAAUCUGAACUGAAGAGAGACAGGAAGGCGCGCCCCUUCUCCAUGUUUGAGCCGACGGAAGCUCCCGCUGCCUCCCUUCGCAAGAACCAGAGCAGCGAAGACCUGGUCAGGGAUGCACAGUCUGCCCCGAAAUCCGCAGUCAAGGUGCCCCCUCCUGUUCCCACCAAACCAAAAGGUCCCAGCGUUGUUCCCUACAGCAAGCAGGGCCUGAACACGGGCACUUUCCCCAAGACGAAGCCCCACAGCCAGCAGCCGCCGGCCGCCCUGGGCCGCAGCCCUCUACCUCCCUCUCAAAGCCAGACACUCCCGCUGCCUUCCAAGCAGGACGCGCCGCCUGCAGCCACGGUCCGACCUUUCACCCCAGAGCUUCCGUCCUCCAAAGACGGCAGCCUGACGAAGCCGUCGACGGCAGACGCUCGCUCCAUUUACUCCAUGUACACUCAGCAGCCCGGUUCAGGAAAGCCUUUCCAGUCUGGGAUCCAGGGAGCCCUCAACAGGGCUCAGACCCGCCCCAACGGGUUUACCAGCGUUUAUGGCAAACCAGUGAUUCCAAGUGGAGGCACCCAACACCUGGAGAACCCGUACCUGGAGCGCCGCUCCCCGGCCCCUGAAAACGAGGUUGACGGUGUCAGGACCAACAGCGGGAGUCCCAGCGUGUCUGAGGACCCCCAGCCAGAAACGGAGCGCAUCCCCCGUCCUCUCAGCCCCACCAAGCUGCUCCCCUUCAUCUCCAACCCCUACAGGCACCAGAGCGAUGGUGACCUGGAGGCCCUCAGAAAGAAGCUCUACAACGCACCGAGGCCCCUAAAGAAACGCAGCUCCAUCACUGAGCCAGAGGGUCCAGGAGGGCCCAACAUUGAGAAGCUGCGCUAUCAGAAGACCACCCUAAAAGCAAUGGAGACCGCCGCUACCAUGCCAACCACUCCAGCUUUUGCCAGAGAAACAGAAAAGGCGGGAGACGGACCUGCGGGGCCGCAUGUGCAGAACCCGCAAAGCAUCGCAGAAGUCCCCCAAUCAGAGAUGGAUCAGGCUCUGAAGAGAGGAGAACUGCCGUCGCACUCGGCCGGCGCAAACGUCCCGCCUCCUGUCACGCCCGAACAGACCCCACCACCUUCAGCCUUUCCAGACUGUGAGCUCAUCAUCCCACCCCCUCCUCCGUCCCAUCCGGCUCCCAGGCCCGACGACGCGCUCUUCCCUCCGCCACCCCCUGCUGGCAUGGACGACACGAUGCCCACUCUACCUCCUCCACCUCUCGAAAGCUUUGUUGAAGAGUUCCCCCCGUACCCCCCACCGCCGUACCCCAGCGGAGCGGAGCAGGACAGCCUGGGAGAGGACACGUUUAACAUGAAGGCGCCUGAGGUCACUGGACAGGUCACGCUGCCUCCGGGAAAGAGGACUAAUUUGCGCAAGCCUGGUUCUGAACGCAUCGAUCACAGCAUGAGGGUGAAGUUCAACCCUCUCGCUCUGCUGCUGGACUCCUCUUUGGAGGGAGAGUUUGACCUGGUCCAGAGAAUCAUCUAUGAAGUAGAGGAUCCCAGUCAGCCCAACGACGAAGGCAUCACAGCCUUACACAACGCUGUGUGUGCUGGACACACGGAGAUUGUCAAGUUUUUAGUCCAGUUUGGCGUCAACGUUAACGCUGCGGACAGUGACGGCUGGACCCCUCUUCACUGUGCCGCAUCCUGCAACAACGUACAAGUGUGCAAGUUUCUGGUGGAGUCGGGUGCAGCGGUCUUCGCUAUGACCUACAGUGACAUGCAGACGGCAGCAGAUAAAUGUGAAGAGAUGGAGGAGGGUUACACUCAGUGCUCGCAGUUCCUUUAUGGUGUGCAAGAGAAGAUGGGAAUAAUGAACAGAGGUGUGGUCUAUGCUUUGUGGGACUACAUGGCUGAAAAUCCCGAUGAGCUGUCUUUCCGUGAGGGAGACUGCAUGACCAUCGUUCGCAGAGAGGAUGAAGACGAGAUCGAUUGGUGGUGGGCCCGUCUGGGCGACACGGAGGGUUACAUUCCUCGUAACCUGCUAGGGCUCUAUCCCAGAAUCAAGCCAAGACAAAGAACCCUGGCUUGAAACUUGUGGAUCUCAGCACGGCUCUGCACUGGCAGAAACUGUGGAAAAUGUUCACCUCCACACCAAGGCUUUAAAAGACUGGGGGAAGGGAAAGGACCCUGCCGAAAUGAAGAAACGAGAAUAGACCAACCGAUAUGAAGGAUCAACUGUUUCUGGCACUUUGUUUUAUCUACAACAGAGGAAUUUUAUCUCGCUUAUUCUUUCCUGGACAUAAUUAAGACACAAAAUGUAUUUUCUUUGUGUGUGUUUUUCUGUUUCUGUUAUUAUCCAAAACUGCACUUACACUGACAGAAACCCAAAUUUCAGCGACAAUUCAGUUUUUGUCCUGAAACACUUCUCUUACAAAGUCUUACAAAAUAUUUCUCUGUGUGCUGGUUGUUUUCUAACACGUUUUGGUUUUACCGUUGCAUGAUGUCAAAAAGCAGCUGAGGAUGGUAUCGACACAUUCUGUUACUAAAGCAGUUUUCCAUUCUGUAAAAUCUGCCUUGAAAUAUCGGCUUGUACCUCUUGUUGUUUUAGUUAAAACUCAGAGAGUGAAAUGACCAGAGGAGGAAGCGUUGAUUGCUUCCUUGCAAAUGUGUCCUGUGGUCCAUGACGCCUAGUGGCCCAGUCAGCUUUUCUGCACUGACACCUGGUUGAGCAGCCAUACAUGUAUCUUUUUCUAUUUUCAUCACAUAAAAACCAGUAAAAAUCCAGCUCUAGAAAAUGUAGUUAUUGUGAAAACUCAUGUGAUUUUCAAACUUAAGACUUUUUUUUUGUUUUGUUUUUUACUAAAAAAGGAAAUGUUAAGGAGUACAUGUAUAUUUUUAUUACGACCAUUCCAUUAUACUAUAGUAACGCAGGACAAUGAGGCUUAUACUUUAAGCCUUAAAUUCUUGCAAUCACUGUGAGGAAACGUGCAUAAGGUUGAAUGCGAGUCAAACAGGGCGUAGCCGAAAAUAAAAAUCUUAAAAAUUAUGUAACCAGUAAGAUCCACAAAGGUAGCUCAUCACAUAUCUGUUGGUGCAGAUGUAUUUAUUUUUGUUACUAUUUUCCUUAGCCUUUUCAUCACAAACGCACUAUUGUAGUAUUUUAAACAUUUACAAUAAAAUACUUUGUACUAA